CGGAGAUGACUUCCUCUCAACCAUUGCUGCAAAGCCAUGGGAGUGUUCAAGAGCUUGCAAAGCAACUCAAAUUGGCUGUCCCUGAUCGCUACGUUCAAGAACAUCAAGAACCCACCACCUUUGUAUUUAACAGCUCUAUCCCAGUGAUUGACAUGAACGAUUUGAUCAAGAUACUAGAAACCGAUAUGGAUCAACUGAAAAACCUGCAGUCUGUGUGUCAUGAAUGGGGAAUAUUUCAGUUGGUCAAUCAUGGAGUCGACAAAUUGUUGGUGGAGAACAUGAAGAAGGAGAUGGUAGAAUUUUUCAAGAUCCCGAUAGAACAGAAGAUGAAGUACAAGCUGAAGGGAGGCGAGUAUGAAGGGUAUGGUCAAACCAUACUCCAUGCUCAAGAUCAGAAAGUUGAUUGGGCUGAUCGUUUCUUUAUGAUCACCAACCCUGUCCAUAGGAGAAAAUCCAACUUGCUUCCUGAGUUCCCUCCAUCACUCAGAGAUACUUUGGAGAACUACUUGCAAGAACUGCAAAAACUUGCAAUGACACUAUUCGUUUUAAUCGGACAAGCAGUAGCUAUCGAUAAGCCAGAGAUGUUAGAAACUUUCGAAGAUGGGAUGCAAUCGGUGAGGAUGACUUACUACCCUCCAUGUCCACAACCAGAUCUCGUUAUCGGUCUCACACCUCACUCUGACGCUGCUGGAAUCACCAUUCUUCUUCAAGUUAACGACGUUGAAGGCUUGCAAGUUAAGAAAGACGGCGUAUGGCUUCCCGUCAGCUUCCUUCCAGAUGCUUUCGUCGUAAACGUUGGAGACAUUCUUGAGAUAAUGAGCAAUGGUGCAUACAACAGCAUUGAGCAUAGAGUGACUGUUAAUGGAACCAAAGAGAGGAUUUCUUUAGCCAUGUUCUUCAAUCCAAAGCUUGAAGCAGAAGUUGGACCUGCAAAGAGCUUCCUGAAGAACACAGGAAAGCCACCGCUGUAUAGAACUCUGGUAAUGGAACAGUACCUCAAGGAAUUCUUCUCCCGCAAGCUCAAUGGAAAGACAUUUCUCGAAAAAAUGAAGAUCAAAAAUGGUGAAACAUGA